UUCACUGAUCGCCAUGUUCAUUUCGUAACUUUCGACACAUUGUAGUAGUCACAUUAGUGACUAGACAAUGUACUCCAUUGUUAUAUUCCUUCUUGGAUGUUUAGUUACAUUUCAUCCAGUACUACUAGUAACGUCAGAGUUUGUGUACAAGUGCACUUGCAAGGAGUCUUGUAGUGAAACUGAAAUAAACUCAACAAUCACAUGUGGACAAUAUGUUUGGUGUUGUAACAAAACGCUAGAAGGGUCAACAGAUGGCGGUAAAGAAGGGUCAAAUGAUGGCGGUAAAAGCAAUGAAACAGUUAGACAAGAUGAAAACAAAGACAAUCAUUCUGAUUUGUCAAAUGAAGAUGGUAUUGAUCUUUCUAACGAUACAAGUAGGAAAGAACAGGGAGAUUCAGACAUUGACAGUCAAAGGGAUCGAAACAAUAACAAUAGUGUAGAUCAUGACAAAACAAUUCAUCGUCACAAAACGGUAGGGAAUUUUGAGAGACCUGUCGCAAGUAAAGGUUCAGUCUUUAGAAAUGAGAUUCAAUAUAUUAUAUAUCCUACACAGAAUUAUCCGAAAGAGAAACGAUUGGUUGGCUAUUCAGAUAAGCUGUAUAGUGGGGCAAAACCAUUCCGAUUGUUUGUUGACAGACAUAAACAUCAUUCUCAUGAUUCUAAACAAUGGUUUCGAAAAGACCAUUUUAAACAUAAAUCAGUCGGUUCAAAUCAAAAUUCAUUAAAAAACGAAGACAGGUAUCGACUAUCUCAGCGUGAUCAGGAAAUAUUCCUUGGAGACAUGCAUCAUCCGAUUGUGACUGGAGAAUAUCGAGAUGCACUAGCCUGGAAUUUAAUGCGAAGUGAAAUAAGAAGAUCUCGCGAGCCUUCAUACAGACACCCUUUCGAAAACGGAUAUGGUGUUACGUUGGAUUCUAGAAACGAAAAUAUAAACUUUUACUUUGGUAAUGAAAAUAGAAAAAGAUCAAAAGAUAUAUCACUGAUUGAUUUCUUAGAUCAUCAGAUAACACUGCCACCUCAAAUACAUGUUCCGACUACAAAGGUCGACAACAAGGACAUGUUCAGCAACAGAGAUAAUCAUAUUCCACUAUUUAUACACAAAAAAAGUAUAUGGACUGACUUUUUCAGAGAUCUAAAACUGAAACGGAAACGGGAAAAAGAAAUUAAAGAACGUUACAGACAGUCAUCUCUGCGUGAACUGUUUCCCCUACAACAGUCAUCAUCUGUCAGUAUGGAUAAUAACAUGUUUCCAUUUAACCAAGUUCGAUCCAUGAAUCCGUGGAUGAAAUCUAAAAUAAUUCCGAAAUUUCAAAGACAAUACAUUCAUUCUCCACGUGAAUUUGGUAUGAAACUAUGACAUUUCGCAUAAUGGAACAAGGAAAAAAUUUCGCGGAAGAGUUUUGCAAUUACAAAAUACUGCUCUUCCUGAUAAUUCGGUUCCCGCUUUCAACAGAUAUAUGGUGCAAACCAAAUUUAUAUGAGGUGGCAAAAAUUACCAAACGCUAGAUUAACAAACAUUUUGGUGUAUAUAUUUUUGACCGAAACCGACGUCCAGUCUCUAUUCGACGUCCGUUCCUCAUUUCGACGUCCAAUAUAAGGCCACAUUCUCAAACCUCUGAUCGACGUCCAAUGUGAUGUCAUGUAUUACCAGAACAAUGUUCAAUAGGUUGGAGUCUCGUAAAAUUCCUUUUGACAAAACAAUGCUGUUAAUUGCUACUUUGGAGAUGAGUUCCUUACUUCUAUGCGAAGAGAAAAUUUGGUACAUAUCGCAAAACAAACAAGUGUUUUUUGCAGUGCUUAUACUGAUUUUGUGUCAUGGAUGGAUACCCCAUAUCCUUUCUUUUCUAUAAAGGACAACAACGGGCAUACAAACGAAAGUCAAUUAUUUAUACGUGGCUGUACAGUUCAUUCUUGAUCUUAGGCAUAAAAUUGAUUUGUCUUGAA